AUGGAAGGGCCUCUUGAGUGUGGGGAUGUGUCCCUAGACUCCCAAGAUCAUGCUGCAGAUGGGAAGAGGUUUGCUGUGUGUAGUUUCAGGAACACCCGGAAGGAGGAGGAACGUGCUCACCAGAUACAGGCUGUGGACCCAAGACCUUCAGGAUCAACAGUAGGGGCAACCCAAGGUGUAGGGUUACAGGGAGAUUUCUUGUCCAAGGAGCCUCAAUCACUUCCAGAUCAAAGGGCUACAGAUGGGUCAGGGGGCUACCAGAGGGGCUUAUUACUAGCCUCCCCAGCCCAGUCAGAGGAGCCAGCCUUCUCUGAAAUGGAAAGCCUCUUGUGUCCUGGGUCUUCUCACCUCAACCUGACACAGGGUGAGAAUGACCGUCAAGGGGGAGGCUUGAUAGGGGACCCAGAUCCAGGCACAGAGCUACCAGCUGGCUUUAGCCCUUUGUCAGAGUCAUCAUCAAAGCUACUGGAGACAGACCCUAGUGGAUCCAGCUUCCCUAAGCCUGCCAACUGCCUCCUAGCUCGAGACCUCACCUGGGAGCUGCUGGCCAGUGGCAUGGCUACCCUACCAGGGACACGGGAUGUAGAAGGCCGAGCAGUGCUGCUUCUGUGUGCCCACAGCCCUGCUUGGCUUCAUCCCAAGUGUAAUAGCCAUGAGCUGCUGAGUCUUUUGUUUUACCUGCGAGACAUCCCCAGGCCUGAAGUGCAGGCUCUGGGACUGACCGUACUAGUUGAUGCCCGAAUCUGCUCCCCGAGCUCUUCCCUUACCUGGGGCCUCAGCCAACUACAAGAAGCAUCCCCAGGGUCUGUACAACUGCUGCUAGUUGGAAGGAUGCCAGAGGACUUGCCUAUGGGGCUUCAGUUUAAGCAGCUGUCUUCCCAUCAGAGCCUGCUGACCCACAUUCCUAACGUGGAGCUGCCUACUUCACUAGGGGGACGCCUGCCUUACUGCCACCAAGCCUGGCUGGAUUUCCGGAUGCGUCUGGAAGCCCUACAGCAAAGUUGCCAGGUGGUUUGUGCCCUGCUUCAGGGGGUCAUUGACAGUGUGAAGGCUAUGCAGCAACCCAUGGCGUCUGGAGAAGUUAGUCAGCUGCUACAGCAGACACAGUCCCUCAUGCAGCAGGUAUUAGAGUCACCACAGUUGUCAUGGUUACAAAGCCAGGGAAGCCUGGAGCUGGCAUGGUUGAAGCAAGGGAUGCCACAGGUGACCCUGAGCCCUGAUUACAGGUCUGCAGUAGACGAGGCUGACGAGCUGUAUGGUCAGGUGGAUGAACUGUUGCAUCAGCUAACCCUGAAGAGCAACCAGCGAGUACGGGCCCUAGAGCUCCUCCAAGCGCUGGAAGCCCAGGAGGGUGUGCUGCGCCAGAUUGAAGUGUGGUUACAGGAGGUGGGCUGGCCAGGAAUGGAGGAACCAGGGGAGCCCUCGCUCGACAUGCUGCUCCAAGCCCAAGGCCCUUUUCAAGAGCUGGACCAGGUUGCCCAGGAACAGGUCAAGCAAGGGGAGAAGUUGCUGCAGCCACUGGUUGGCUGGGAGGUUGCUGAACUAGGCCCCCCUGGAAAGCGCUUUCUGGCCCUGAGAUCCCAGCUGACAGAAUUUUCCAGAGCUUUGGCCCAGCGGCGCCAGCGGUUGGCAGAUGCUGAGAAGCUGUUUCAGUUCUUCAAGCAGGCCUCGACUUGGACCACAGAGGGUCAGCGGCUACUGACAGAGCUGGAGCAAGAGCACCCAGAGGUUGUGCUGCAGCGGCUGCAGCUGCACUGGACCAGGCAUCCAGACUUGCCCCCUGCCCACUUCCGGAAAAUGUGGGCUCUGGCCACAGGCCUAGGCUCAGAAGGCAUCCGCCAAGAAUGUCGCUGGGCCUGGGCACAGUGCCAGGACACCUGGCUGGCUCUGGAUCAGAAGCGUGAGGCUGCACUGAAGCCACCAUCAACAAACAGCACAGCCACUUUGUAUGUCAGGCGGGCUCCUGCUGUACCCACCGUCCCUCCACUGAGGAAGGCCUACAGCUUUGAUCGGAAUCUGGGGAAGCAUCUUGGAGAUGCUUCCCAACGUGGUCACUGUGCAGCCAUCGUAACUGACUGCCACAGACCUGAGGCCAGAGGAGGUGUCCGGCCCAGGUCAUCUCCGUCUGAGCCUCUAUCAGGCAGCUCUGACUUCAGGAGCCCCAACAGGCUCCAGCUAGUAUUGGCGGAGAUGGUGGCCACAGAGCGUGAGUAUGUCCGGGCCCUUGACUAUACCAUACAGAACUACUUCCCUGAGUUAGAUCGACCUGAUGUGCCCCAGGGCCUCCGUGGCCAGCGUGCGCACCUCUUUGGCAACCUUGAAAAGCUUCGAGAUUUCCACCACAAUUUCUUCCUGCGUGAGCUAGAGGCUUGUACCCGGCAUCCACCUCGAGUGGCUCAUGCCUUCCUGCGCCAUAGGGUGCAGUUUGGAAUGUAUGCACUGUACAGCAAGAAUAAACCUCGUUCUGAUGCCCUGAUGAGUAACUAUGGUCACACCUUCUUCAAGGAGAGGCAGCAAGCACUGGGAGACCACCUGGACUUGGCUUCCUACCUACUAAAGCCCAUCCAGCGGAUGAGCAAGUAUUCCUUACUGCUGCAGGAGCUGGCAAGGGCCUGUGGGGGCCCAGCGCAAGAGCUGAGUGCACUUCAGGCAGCCCAGAGCCUUGUGCACUUCCAGCUGAGACAUGGCAAUGACCUGCUAGCCAUGGAUGCCAUCCAGGGCUGUGACGUUAACCUCAAGGAGCAGGGGCAGUUGGUACGGCAGGAUGAGUUCACAGUGCGGGCUGGGCGCCACAAAGCGUGCCGUCGUGUUUUUCUGUUUGAGGAGCUGCUGCUCUUCAGCAAGCCUCGACGUGGGCCAGCAGGCGUUGACAUAUUCACCUACAAGCGUUCCUUCAAAAUGGCAGACCUCGGCCUCACUGAGUGCUGUGGGGAAAGUAAACUGCGCUUUGAGAUCUGGUUCCGACGUCGCAAGGCCAGGGAUCUAUUUGUGCUGCAGGCCUCGGAUGUGGCCACCAAACAAGCCUGGACAGCUGAUAUCUCCCGUCUCCUAUGGAGGCAGGCUGUCCAUAACAAGGAGGUGCGCAUGGCUGAGAUGGCAUCCAUGGGUGUGGGGAACAAAGCCUUCUGGGACAUUGCCCCCAGUGAGGAAGCUAUCAAUGACCGCAACAUCAACUAUGUGCUGAAGAGACGAGAUGUUCGCUCUAGAGCCUCCAUUGCUGUGGCCCCAUUUGACUAUGACAACCCUUAUCUGGGUGCCUUGGGCUCCCUUCCUGGAGACCGUGCCUCUUGUUCUGUUCUGGGCUCUCUCAAUCUGCACCUGUACAGAGAUCCAGCUCUUACGGGUGUUCACUGGUCCUUGUAUCCACCCAACUUCCCAGAGGAAGCAUCACUAGAUGCUGAGGCAGACUUGGGCAGCCAGCCUUCUUUGACUCCUGAGGACUCAGAGGUCUCAUCCCAGUGCCCAUCCGCCAGUGGCUCUAGUGGUUCCGAUAGCAGCUGUGUGUCAGGACAGACCAUGGGCAGAGGCCUGAGGACUUGUCCUGUGUUUGAUACCAGCUUGAAGAUGGACAGCACUCAGUGACUCCACGUCUCUGAAUCGUCUAUAACCAGAGCACAGCUGGCGCCUGGGCCAUCUCCCUCCCCACCCCUCAUACCCAAAAGGAAUAUCUUUGUUGGUUUUCCUUUCUGAUGUCUGUAGCCAUCAAUGGACUACCCUAGGGCCUCUCCAAGGGCAUCUGGCUGUAGAGACUAGAUAAGCACCCGAUCUGAAGCUCCUGGAACCCUUCUGUCCCUCUCCAGCCACCACCCCACUUGUGAGUUAAGAACAUGAUGGGACAGGAGAGCAUUUCCAAACUCCAGACUGGUAGCGCACUAUAGAGCUCUCAGAAGUCAUGGAGGACACAAGUGGACUCUCAGCAGCUGCUCCUCAGCUCUUGAAUAACACUAAUCUGGAGCACAGGCUAGCCUACCCCUAGAGCCCCCUUAUUCUUGAAUUCCUUGGCACCCCAUCGCCAACCUUUUGUUUUCUGGGCCACCUUGGUCAUUUUGACUUGAUGCUUUUUCAACAGCUUUCAGUUAGACUUGUCUACUGGUUUCACUGGCAGUGACACUGUUUUCU